AUGGUAACUUCCAUCUUUUUCACGACUGGUAAUGCGGGGUCUCGGGUAGCUACACCAACAUUUGGCAGGGCUGCGUUUGGAAACUCAUUUUUUGGAGAUCAGCAUAGGGGAAGUCGUGUAGCUCCUUUCACUCCAACCGCUGAGGCAGAGUCCGGUAUGAUGCCUUCCAAGCUCCAGUCAAUUUGCGGUAUGACUGUGCCUGUCUACAAUCAUAAAAGCCAUGAGGAACUUAGAUGGGAGGAUUACCAGUGGGGGGACAAAGCUGGACCAAAUCACGCUGGUCAGACAGGCGUUUGCGUUGGCCGCCCCGGUGCAUCUCCUGCCAUUCCUAGGCGUACUUUUAGUCAGCCAUCUCUUUUUUUUUCCGCUACAGCUUCCAAUAUAUUUUCUUCCGCCCCAGCUUCUGCAACCACAUCUAACCCAGUUGCUCCAAAUCCCUCUAGUAAUGCAGGGUUUUGGCCAUCAACUAGCACUUCCUUUUUUGGUCCUUCUUCUUCAUUAACUGUUGUUGUUAGAUCACCAACUUUUGCAAUUGAAGUUAGUGCACCGCCAUCCAUGUUUUCUUCGUCAGUCUCAGCUACACUUGGUUCAUCACCAUCGGUUAUUAGUGCUCCCACUACUCAGUCUUCCUCGCUAUUUUGGUCUACUACACCCUCAAUUGCCGAGACUACUGCUUUUAGACAAACUCCUGCUUCCUUUUGCAUAACUACUGCUCCAUUUGGCCAAACUAUCACCCCGACUUUUGGUCAAAUGCACACAUUUAGUACAACUUCCAGUGGCUCUGGUGGGAGCUUAUUCCCAAGUACUCCAUCGCCAGUUCUCUCUACUAAUGCAGCGGCAAUCAGUCAAACAAAUCCCUCUUUUUCUUUGCCUUUUCAAACAUCUGAAGCUGCUGAGACUUCUGGUGUUUGUUCCCUUGGUGACUUAGGACAGACACGAGCAGGAGGCUUUGGCUUACAAAAUGAUUUUGGGCAGAGACAUUGUGGACAAUUGUCUAUUAAUGGGAGUUCUUCAGUUGUUCAACCAGCACUGGUCACAAAUGCUUCUGGAACCCUCCCUGCCGGAGAGCAGUUGUCCCUAGGCUGCACUGAAACUGGUUCCUCGGUCCAAUAUGGAACUUCUAGCAUGCCUGUUCCAUUUUCCUGUGAUGGAGACAAUACUCCUAGCAAACCAGAGGCUGAAAGUCACGUCAUUCCUAGGGGGAACCCAAGAUCUCUAGUUAUUGGUCCUGAAUAUCGGCCUGCAAGAGAACAGGAGCCAUCUCCAUUGAAGAAAACUUCUCCAUGCGCAAAUGAUGGUGUUUCCAAAGAUGAUCCUUUAGAGGAGCAAACCAACUUUGUCAAGGCCAGCCAGAGAAUGAAGGGAGUUCAUGAUGAUUGCUCUCUUCAGAAUGAUGAGGAAUAUGUGAUUAUUAAAGGAGCUGGUGAGUCUUCAAUUGGUUAUGAUUGUGGUGCUGGCAUUGAGGCACUCAUGCCGAAGCUCUGUCAGCCCGACUACUACACAGAACCACACGCCAAAGAAAUAGCAGCCAAGGAAAGGGCUGAGCCAGGAUUUUGCUGUCGAAUCAAGGAUUUUGUGAUUGGACGACUUGAUUAUGGUCACAUUAAAUUUGUAGGGGAGACCGAUGUGCGAAGGCUUGAUCUUGAUUCCCUUGUUCGCUUCAACAAUCGUGAAGUGAUUCUGUACGCAGAUGAGAGCAAGAAACCGCCUAUAGGGCAAGGGCUCAAUAAGCCGGCUGAGGUGACUCUUCUUAAUAUGAAAUGCAUUGAUAAGAAGACUGGAAAGCAGUACGUCGAGGGGCCCAAAGUUGAGAAGUACAAGGAGAUGCUCAAGAAGGCGGCUGAGGAACAAGGCGGGGAGUUUAUGUCCUAUGACCCCAUCAAAGGAGAGUGGAAGUUCAAGGUUUGCCAUUUCAGUUGAUAUGAUCUGACGGAAGAACAAGACUAGGAUUCUUUUGAUGCAGUUAUUUGUUCGCUGAAGUUCAAGGUCCAGAAGGAAAAACCUUUUGGUUUCAGUUGCUGGGUUCUGUUUUAUGCAGUUACAAC